CUCAACCACCUUGACUUAUGCAUAUGCGUCUUAUAAUUUUUUACUUAUAGGCGCCUGACUACUCCCAUGCUAAUAACUCUCCCGGGAAACAUACUCCACAUCUCGUCGGAUGUAGUCAUACAUACCCCCACACCACUAUGGGUGUAGUCAUACCCUGACACCACUCUGGGUGUGGUCAUAUCUCGUAAGAAAUCUUCAGUCACCACCACAUGAGAGGUGUGACUAUCAUAUAUAUCAUAAUAGAGUAAUAACAUAGGGAGCCCUAAUUACUAUGUAGUUGACCGUGAGACCACAACACUCAUAUUUGGUAUCCUCAUACAUAAUUCAUAUCUCAUCUUGAUUCAUCAUAAUUCGUUACUUGCACAUGUACUUGACCUGACCAUAAUUGGCUCAACAUAGGUAAACCAGGAGUCGUAUAGUUGCACUUCCUCGAGAUAAACCCUCGUGCAAGUCAUCCUCCUUAAAACAUCAUAAUAUCACCCUGGGAAGUUUAUUUCCCCCACUUGUGAAUCCAAAUUCAACCACAAUAUCACAUCAUGUCGAAACAACUGAUCGAACAACCAUGAAGUCAUAUCAACAGUUAAGCCACAAAUGGCAAAAUGUAUGCAAUCAUCAGCAUAAACAAGGUCCAUGUCGAUUAGGGCAAGUCAAUAAUAUCAUACAGCAGUCCAGGGUUCAACAUAUAGCACACAAGUUCAUACACCCCUAAUCAUGCCAUUCUAGUUCACCUAGGUCAAUUCUAAGCAUCAAUAUAAUUAUCGUGAUACGACAAACCCGGUAUGUCGUGCUAAUCCCUCACUAGUUCUGGUCGUUCAAACACCGGUUUAACCUUCCCGUACUAAAACGUCAAUUUCACGAACGAAUCACGAAUUAAAAUCCGAGACCGUCCUAAUAUCCCCUGCAGUAUCCCCGUCAAUAUUAGUUCUAGGCUCCGGGUCAAAUUCUUGAUAAAAACACAUCAAACCCUGGCCGGAGCUAAAUUCAGCGAUUUGGACCCCGACCUAAAUAAUUGCCGAAAUUCAGGGAUUAGAACUAGAGGAUUGAUUACCUCGCUGCAGGAAGCUCGUAUAUGACAUUUGGGCUCAAUCCUGCUUCCAGAUACUCCGAAACCCUAAUUUGGCUUAUCGGGAAUUCAAGAAAUUCCUGAACCAAAAAAACUCGUUUUAAAGCUCUAACUCAAUAAACUACGAUGUAUAGAUGAAUAAGGCAUUACUUACUGGAUUUUUGGAUCACUAGGACUCAAGAUUGGAGCUUUGGUAAUUUCCCUCGUGCCUCCCCUGAACUGCUCCGCGCUCUCUGUUCCUCGGUCCCAGAAAUGGAAAAGGAAGGGGAAAUGGUUUCUGGUAAAGUAAUGACACAGGGGAGGGAUUUAUAUAGGUGGUCUGUGACCGCUUGUAUAUAGAUAAUAUAUUAUAUAUAUAAUUAUAUGGCAAAGGCUAGCGUACGCCUGACAUACGCUAUACGCAUGUGUUCACACUUAUAAAUUAAUUUUUAAUUAAAUUAACUGUAAAAUAUAAUUACAGCUACACCCACUAAUAAAUUUUUGUGUACGUUUUAAUCACACAAAUUUUUUCAUCCUUCCAAUUACGAUUCAAACUCCCAAAUUACUAUUUUAUUUAUAACUUUCCAUCCAAUUUAUUAAAAGAGUAACUAAACCUGUUAGUCAAAUAAUGAAAUAAUUAUCCGCCAUAGAAAAUUUGUAUCCACCUUUUGGCUGAAUCAUUUAACCCAACUUGGUGAAGCGACGAGCCUCCCACGACGCCCCCAGAAUGCUGACUCAAAUGCCUCCUCCAUUAGCAGCGAUGAUUGCACGACCACGGAAGGAUACCGGUGGGCUGCGACGGCACGCUGACGAUUCCAACUCCGACGCGUCUCUUCUGAUAAUUCGAGAAGGCGACGUCUCUGUGUCUACGGCCCUCGAUUCUUUCAGCUAUAGUUAUAACAACGGGAACGAGAACGUGGAACUUCACUACCACCAUCACAAUCACCGUGUCCUCGAUGUCUCCAUCUCCAUGGACACGCCUUUUAUUAUGGCCUCCUAGUUCUUCGACAAUGACGACCGCCCUAAAUAAACUGGAACCAUAUGGAAUGCAAAUGUGCUCACAUCAUAAUGGCGGUCGAAUUCCUUCGCCAAAUCGCCGAUCAGCCGCCAUAUCUUUCCUCCCUUUCAUUUCACUUGUCUUUAUUGUUUAAUAAGAAAACCUUAUUUGAUCAAUCUGGUGAAUAUCUUCUCUUUUUAUAAGAUUGAGCUAAUCUUCUCUUAGUAUCAUAUCAUAUGCUUUUCAAUCGACUCUACCUCCCUGCGCAUUCACUUCACCUCCCCUGUUCUUGCAGAAAAACAUGUAUGGAUCUGCAGCUCUCACUUAGUAUCAUAUAUCUUAGUCUUUGAGUUUCUACAUAUGAAUUUCAUGCUAUACAAAGCUUUUUUCGUUGCAACAAGACAUAUAUGGAUCUGCAACUCACUUAUUUCUAGUCUCUAGUCUUGCUCUGUUUUGUGUUAAAGUUCGGAGGGGAGUUCGACUAAGAGGUGAAAAUGAGAAGGAAGAGCGAUCGAAGCAUCCGUCGUUUUUUGCGGUUCUAAAAUCUACUAAGAUUGAAUUAAUUACAGUUUUUAAGUUUGUGGGUUUAUUUGCUCUUCAAGCUGUUUCUUGCCAUCUAAAUCUGUAGGGGAGGUUCCGAACUGAAAAAUGGCAAGAGGGAAGGUUGUGUUGUUUUGUUUUUGUUUUAAUUGCUUUGUGAUAUUGGGUUGGGCUGAUUGCAAAGACAAAUUGGGUUGUUGUUAAAUUGGUUGACGCGUGGGACUAACUAGUAUUGAAAAAUAAAUUAAUGGGGUUGUGGUUGUAAUUAUAAUUAUUGAUUUACUUAUAAUUAAUUAGAAAUAAUUAAUAGGUGUGAACAUAGACGUAUAGCGUACGCCAGGCGUACGCUAGCCUGAACCUUAAUUAUAUAUUAUAUAUAUAUAAUUAAUACGUAUACUUAUCCGAUCGAUUGAUAAUCUGAUUUUCGUUGAAAUACUAUCCAAACACUCGAUUUGAAUCACAUAAUUUUUCUAGCGACAGUAAUACGAUUUUAGCCAAAAUGGGAUGUUACAAUUCUCCCCUCCUUAAAAGAUUUCGUCCCCGAAAUCUAACCUUGAGUUGUACCCUUAGUCCGCUUACUUACUCUUGACAUGGUCUAUCGUAGAUAAACCAUUACCUAACUCUUAGGUUAGGUGAUUCAUAGCAUAGAAGGUAACACCUAACAGCUCAAGUUCCCAAUAUAAGGUUUCAAAAACCUAUAUCGAGUUAUCACAUCAUAAGCACAUCAACAAUUUCAAAACAUAACUUACUAAGCAAGAUUGUUAACCUAGCCACCACAACAUCAAGAAUCAUAUCCAUAUUAAAAACUCUACCACAACAACUCGUCAUGUUAGCAUAGUCGAAGAUCAAGUGUAUUGCAUUGCUAGCCACCAUGCUUCUCGAUCGGUUAGUAGUAACACUAAACGUACUUCUGUGCAAACUACAAGGAAACAUUGGCCUUCUUUUGAUCCACACACCAGUUGUGUCUAACCAAGUUAUUCACUUAGUUGAAACAAAACUUUCUUCGAAAUCAUUACUUGGACAACAAGAUAAAAUUUCCACAUAUUUUCAUAAAUCUCUUAAACCAUAAAAUUUUCAAGAUUCCUUCAAAUACUCAAAAUCAUGUUUGACCAUAUACAACUGACUAUGCAACACAUCAUCACCUUUGGUCCCAAUCCUGAAAAGUUUAGUGCAAGUACAGGUAUGGAGUACUCCCUCCCCUUUCGAGGGUGAUAAGUCCUCCAGAGUGAAAGUAACAUACCCAUAAUGCAGAAAACAAACCAGCUCUGAUACCAAACUGUAACACCCUACCCUGUACGUAUUACCUAAUCAUAUUGUUCAUACAAUUGAAGUAGAAAUAAUCUCGGGUGUUACAU